GCUGAAUUAAAAUUGUGUGAUUAGUGAUGUCAUGGCGACUUUACCGCCGAGAAAGAAUCCAACUCCAACAAAAAUAUCCAAAGAACAUCUCACACCGUUGCAAAUUUUACUACAAUUAGGAUUUCCAAAACAUAGAGCAGAGAAAGCAUUGACGGCAACGGGACAUCGAAGUGUUCAACUUGCUUCAGAUUGGCUUCUUGCUCAUGUUCGUGAUCCAACAUUGAAUUCCGAUGAACCCAGAGAAUACGUAUUGUAUGCCUGUCCAACUGGACAUUUUGCCGAAAGUCUCGUGAAAUUUUGGACCGAGAGUAAAGAACUUGGUUGGAAUGGAGCUCAUAAUUACAUGCCCCACAUUACUCUCAUCUCGUUCUUCAAAGCACCGGACGAAACGGCCGAAAAAAUGGCAAGUGCUCUUGAAAAUUUAGUGAAUCGCAACGAAUGUCCAGAGUACAUUAAUUUAGAAACUUAUGUGUCGCCAAAUUUUAUGGGACUAUUUGUUGAGGAUAAACAAGCAAAAUGGUUGAAAUCAUUAGCCGUCCAAUAUUGUAAGAAAUUAACAAAUCUCGGAAUAACAGUUGAACCGCACACGAAAUCAUUGCAUCUUUCGCUUGCCUAUCAAUUUUCGAGUAAUCAUUUUCAACAUCUUCGUUCAAUGGUGGAAAAAUUGGAGACAAGUCAAGCGAUUAAUUGGGAAUUGAGAUUGUACUCGAGGGAUUCACGAUUGAGAAAUAUGCAUGUUCAUGGGGUAUUGCAUACACACGGGCCAAGACAACAUGACGAAUUGGAAUUAAGACCUGGUGAUUAUAUUUAUUUACCGGAAGGAGCAUGCAAUGAAUCGCCCGAUGGUUGGGUCGAGGGUAUUUCAUGGUUAACCGGAAUCUCUGGCUAUUUGCCUCUGAAUUAUACGAAACGAUCAGCGGAAUCUGAUUCCUGGACAUUGCACACGUCAAUUUCGAUAAUUGCUGAUAGAAAUACGGAGAAUGUUGAACAUGAAAUUCCUAAGAAUCGAAGGCCUCCUGUUUUAUCGAGCACUGAAUCGCUUGACACUCCGGAUGGAAUCGCUCCUGAAAAUAAUCCUAUGGAAGCGUCUGAACCGCCAUCAACUGCCUCGAGACAAAUUUUCAUCUGCCGACAUGGGGAACGUGUUGAUUUUACAUUCGGUGCAUGGAUUCCCUAUUGUUUCGAAUCAAAUGGCUCUUACAUACGUCGUGAUUUAAAUAUGCCGAAAGAAAUACCACAGAGAAAUAUUCAAGACUUUCAAAAUGAUUGUCCAUUGACGACACUGGGUGAAUUACAAGCGAGUCUAGUUGGCGAGGCAAUGAAAGCGGCAAAUGUGAAAAUCGACGUUGCAUUUGCAUCGCCAUCGUUACGUUGUAUUCAGACAUUAUCGCAAAUACUCAAGGGUCUCGAUUGGGAUGUACCGAUUAAAAUUGAACCGGGUUUAAUUGAAUGGCUCGCUUGGUAUCCAAAUGGAACGCCAACAUGGAUGAAUGCCGAUGAAUUAUUGAAAGCUGGUUUUAAUAUUGACGUUAAUUAUUGUCCAGUGAUAAAGGCGGAAAAUUUACCAUCGAAAGAAAAUGCCGCUCAGUAUUAUGAAAGAAGUUAUGCAUUAAUGAAGGAUAUUAUUGAUAAUACGGGGGGUAAUAUAUUAAUUGUUGCGCAUGCCGCAUCGUUGGCGGCUUGUACGAAACAAUUGACUGGUGGUAAAGUACCGCCAGCAGCGGAAGUUACCAGAUUGGUGCAAAGAGUUCCAUAUUUAGCGUGUUUGACGGCACGUGAGAGUAUUGAUGGUUGGCAAUUACAUCCACCGCCAUUUCCACCGGUCACUCAUACAAGUAAUAGUCGAUUCGAUUGGAAAAUAUUAAUGUAGAUAAUUUUUUAGUACAGAAUUUUAUUAUCCUUCUGAGAUAUUUAGCAAACGUUUUUGUCGCUACUUUUUUGGAAUUCUUUUAUUUUUCAUGAUCCGAAAUGUUCUGAAUGUUCAAAUGAAAGGGAUUUAUUUAUUUUUUCUUCAAGUUAAAUUUUGUGUCACUUU